AUGGCUUACGUUUUAACCGAAACAGCAGCCGGUUAUGCUCUUUUGAAAGCAUCAGAUAAGAAAAUCCACAAAUCAUCGUCAUUGAUUGAAGAUUUAAACACAUUGGAAAAAGUAACUGAUCAAUUUAAAAUCCAUAGAUUUGAAAAAUUUCAAAGUGCAGCAAAUGCUUUAGAAGAAGCAAAUGCUAUAAUUGAAGGUAAAGUAUCUGAGAAUUUAAAAAGAUUCUUGGAAGAUUCAAAGUCUGACAAAAAGUCAACUUUAAUUGUUUCAGAAACUAAAUUGGGAAAUGCCAUUAAUAAAUUAGGUUUAAAUUUUCAAGUCGUAUCAGAUGCAGCCUCAUUAGAUUUACAUAGAGCUAUCAAAGAAUUUUUACCAGAAUUAUUACCUGGAUUGGAUAAUUCAGCAUUAAAUCAAAUGUCAUUAGGUUUAGCCCAUUCUUUAGGUCGUCAUAAAUUAAAAUUUUCAGCUGAUAAAGUUGACACUAUGAUUAUUCAAGCAAUUGCAUUAUUGGACGAUUUAGAUAAAGAAUUAAAUACAUAUGCAAUGAGAUGUAAAGAGUGGUAUGGAUGGCAUUUUCCAGAAUUGGCUAAAAUUGUCGUCGACUCAGUAGCAUACGCUAGAAUUAUUUUAACAAUGGGUGUAAGAUCAAAUGCAGCAGAAAUUGAAUUAUCAGAAAUUUUACCAGAAGAAAUUGAAGAACAAGUUAAAACUGCAGCUGAAGUUUCCAUGGGUACAGAAAUCACAGAAGAUGAUUUAAAUAACAUUAAAGCAUUAGCUGAACAAAUUGUUGACCUCGCAGCUUACAGAGAACAAUUAUCAAAUUAUUUAAGUUCGAGAAUGAGAGCCAUUGCUCCAAAUUUGACUGUUAUGGUAGGGGAAUUAGUUGGAGCUAGAUUCAUAGCACAUGCCGGUUCAUUACUUUCUUUAGCCAAAGCACCAGCAUCAACCAUACAAAUCUUAGGAGCUGAAAAGGCUUUAUUCAGAGCCUUGAAAACUAAACAUGACACACCAAAAUAUGGUAUAAUAUAUCAUGCAUCAAUAGUAGGACAAGCAACAGGUAAAAAUAAAGGAAGAAUUGCAAGAGUAUUAGCUGCAAAAGCAGCCAUUUCAGUAAGAUACGAUUGUUUUGAUGAAGAAAGAGAUGAUUCGGAUGAUUUUGGAUUAGAAAAUAGAGCUAAAGUUGAGGGAAGAUUAAGUCAAUUAGAAGGAAGAGACUUGAGAACAACAUCAAAAGUAAGUAGACAACAACCUAAAAUAGAUAUAACAGAAGCUAGAGCAUAUAAUGCAGAUGCAGAUGCACCAGUAGCUGCAACUGUUGAUUCAGAUGAUGAAGAAUCUGAAACUGAAGAAGUUGAAGAAAAACCAGAGAAAAAAUCCAAAGAUAAAAAAGAGAAGAAAGAUAAAAAGAGUAAAAAAGAUAAGAAAGAUAAAAAAGAAAAGAAAGAUAAAAAGGAUAAGAAAAGGAAAAGAGAUGAUGAUGAUGUUGAAGAAGAAAAAUCAAAGAAAAAAGAUAAAAAAUCAAAAAAGUCAAAGAAGGAUUAA